AUGCUGGUGGUCCUGCUCACAGCAGCCUUGCUGGUCCUGAGCUCAGCACAGAGCUCAGAGGAAGAGGUCAUCUAUGAAGACUCAUCUCAGCUGUUAGAUUUAGAGCAGCAGAACCAGGGACAUCGUCAUCCUCAUCCGAGACCACCUCCUGGAGGAUUUCCCCCAAGACCUCCUGCUUCUGAUGAAGAUGAAGAUGGGGAUGAAGAUGACGGUGAUGAUGAUGGCAGUGGGGAUGAUGGAAAUACACCAGAGAGACCACCACCUCCCCCACAACAUCCUCAGCAUCCACGCCCUCCUCACCCAGGACACCACCAUGGUCCACCUCCACCAGGAGGCUCUCAGAGACCUCCUCAAGGCCCACCCCCACAAGGAGGACCACAGCAGAGAUCACCUCAAGGCCCACCCCAACAAGGAGGCCCCCAGCAGAGACCACCUCAAGGCCCACCCUCACCAGGAGGCCCCCAGCAGAGACCUCCCCAAGGACCACCCCCACCAGGAGGCCCCCAGCAGAGACCUCCCCAAGGCCCACCCCCACAAGGAGGCCCCCAGCAGAGACCACCUCAAGGCCCACCCUCACCAGGAGGCCCCCAGCAGAGACCUCCUCAAGGCCCACCCCCACAAGGAGGCCCACAGCAGAGACCCCCUCAAGGCCCACCACCACCAGGAGGCCCACAGCAGAGACCACCUCAAGGCCCACCCCCACAAGGAGGCCCCCAGCAGAGACCUCCCCAAGGCCCACCCCCACCUGGAGGCCCCCAGCAGAGACCACCUCAAGGCCCACCCCCACCAGGAGGACCACAACAGAGACCCCCUCAAGGCCCACCACCACCAGGAGGACCACAGCAGAGACCUCCUCAAGGCCCACCCCCACAAGGAGGCCCCCAGCAGAGACCUCCUCAAGGCCCACCCCCACCAGGAGGCCCACAGCAGAGACCCCCUCAAGGCCCACCCCCACAGGGACCACCUCAGAGACCCCCUCAACCUGGAAACUCACAAGGCCCACCUCAGCAGGGAGGCCAGCCAAGUUUCCUGGGGACAUUUUUUGCAUAG